CACAAAGAACAGCUGUCCUACAUUGUCCAUAUUGCUUGGACAGAAAAAACAUAGAUACAAUGCAAAGAGACUUUUUUUUUUUUUUUUUCAUAUUGUAAAAUAUGUUCGUAGAGCAUCUGAAAUUCUGACAGCAGGGUUAAAUAAACACAACUGUUUUUUUGCUUUGUAAAAACACACAAACUGCCAAGUAGCUGUAUCUUCGGAUGAGAGUGGUCAUUUUACAACUGUACUUGAAUGCACCACUUUGGUCAACUUUUUAAUUAGUGCGCUAUUUAAACUUUUAUUUCACAUGCUGAUGUUUAAUAGUAGAUAAAACACAGAAAUCAGUGUUUAAUAUUAUAUGUGCUGCGUCUAAUCUAUUUAAAUGGGCCACUCCAUUAUGCUAAAUUCAUUUAACAUAUAGAGGACAGCCACAAUAAUACAAUAUGAGAUCAUGCUGAGUGUUUUUCAAGCAUAUUAAUCGAUAUAGCCCCCAAAAAAUAGCAUACAUGCAAUUUGUGUAAAUAGGACAUUUAGUUGGAACAUUUUCACGUUGUGUCUCUUUGUAAAAACCUCUACCACAAGGUAGGUAUUUAAACCACCUUUUCUCACUUUCACAGCUUCUCUCGCUUUCGGCAUUCCUAGAAACACCAACCGUCUACUUCUGUCCCAGUUAACGUAAAGGAACAGAUCAUAUCGCCGACUUUGAAGCAGAUAAACAACAAAGAGCUGCCUCACUCACGGCAUUGUGGUCUACUCAUAAGCACGAGCGUUAGUGGUUUCCAAUGGCAACCGGACCCGUGCUCUCAAGAAGAACCGCUCGCGCAUCAAGACGGGACAACAGAGGAGAGCCCGGUGGAUUUUAUCGUGCUAUGAAGCUGGUUUCGGUGGGUUUGUGUGUCUUGUUGCUGUCUCUGUGUCUUUCCGCCUGUUGGAGACUUUAAACAAACUUGGCUGCGGCUUUUGUUGUGUGAGCGGACACACCGUGUUGCCCUGGAAACUCUGAGCACGCUAUUGAAUUACAAAAAUGGGGCCCAGGUUUUCUAUUCUCGGGACCUUCAGUAACACAAAAUGAAGUGACACCGUAUCGGUGACAUCAAUGUUGUCAUCACUGUGAACAGGUGAAGAGAGAAAAACAGAUACAGAGGUCCUGCUGCCUGAUGAUGACUGCUCUGGUCCGACCUGGAGUUAAUGUUUCAGGGCUAUGUGAGGAUGGAGACAAGCUCCUUGAGGCUGGAGAGUUGGGGAGGGCUACCUCUCUGUACAUGUCUGCCUUCAGGACCCACGCCGCCUCCACCGUGUCCCACAUGCGGAAACUGAACUCAGGCCUGGAUGGGGUGAUUGAUACUUUAGAAAGCUGGCUCGACAGUCAUGGGGAGGACCAGCCCACUGAGGGUCUCAAUAAAGGCCUUGCAGCUGUGUUUCUGUCCACACUCUGCCCCAACAAUCUGUCAGCCACCAUUUUCAAGAUGGAGUCUCUCCUUCAGAGUGGCGGGCAGGGCUGUGAGGAGAUUUUUGCUCGCUGCACUGCUCUGCUUGAUGAGAUGCGAAACCCUCAUCCACAAGGUGCGACUCGCAUGGUGUUGGAGAUAACCCGUGCCCUGGCCUGCUUGUUCACAGAGCCUCACAGCAUCAAGGGACUGAAGCUUUACCUCAAAACCUACCGGAGUAACAAAUCUGCAACUGUCUCACUGGUGAAAAGCAGACAAGCUCAGCACCUUCCCAAAAUAGUGAAAGCCUUUACAGACCAAGUGCUGCACAUACAUCCCUCUUUAAUAUUUGACAAUGAGUGUGUGGUGGCAACAAAAGAGACUGAUAAACUAAAUGUAGAGACGACUUCUACAAUUAUUGAGUUUUUGUUGGCUAUCUCACCCUGUAAUAAAGAAGUGCAGGAGCUCCAAGCAGCAUAUUUGUUUUUGACAGGCAGGUGUGGGGACAGUGCAGAGGUGUACUCUGCUCUAUUGCAUCAUGAUUAUUCUCAGAAAAUGUCAGAGAGUAGUGCAGAGAAGUCAUUUCAAGACUCUCCUGAGAGGACAGCUAGACUCUUAACUAGUCGAGCGGCUGCCUGCUUGUCAGCCGGUGGACGGACUGCGGAGGCGUGCAGGGAUCUGGGGGAGGCAUUUGAGAUCCACCCUGCCACUGCCCGAAUUUAUUUUCAAAAGCUAUUCACAGAUUAUGGUACAGGGGUGGCUGCUCGCAACCAUCUCCGUCAGCAGGCAGAGAGAGGCCUGUCUGGUUACAGAGAAAGGGUCCUCAUCCGUCCAGACCUGAGGUCCACUGAAGGAGUCGAGCUCCUGGACCCUGUGAUCACACAGUUACGGACUCUGUGCCAUUUAGAGGCAGACGGGGGAGGCAGAGAGCUGCGGGUACGACUUGCCGACUGUCUUCUCCUCAGAGGGGAACACAAAGAGGCCCUCUCUAUCUGUAGCCAGCUAGCUGCCGCCCAAGGUCAGCAGAGCUAUCAAAACACAGUGCAGGUGCUUCGUGGAUAUGCACGGCUUCUCUCAGAUGACCGUAAGGGGGCGUUAGAAGACUUUCAGGCUGUGAUUGAACACAAUGCUCCUCACCCGUCCAGCUGUGUGCGGGCGCUCUGUGGCAGGGGGCUCCUGCGCAUGAUGGGAGGCUUAAACUACCUCACAGCUCUAGACUAUGUGACAGCCAGUAGGCUUCAUCCUCAGGAAACAGCACUGACUGUUCGCUGCUUGGUGCCAUGGAACUACCGGGGGCUGCUGUUUACUGUUUUACUGGAGCAGGGACGAGUCAUGCUGGAGGGGAGUGGAGAGCAUGAAUCCAAGUCCAGGUCCAGUGGAGGCUCCCAGCAGGCCCAGCAGAGGGAUCAGCCGCAGGCCCCAUCAAAGAGAGACAACCACAGAUCAGGGACUCCAGCAGGUGUCCAGUCUCUGGCUGUGCUCCUGAUGGAGCUCCAGCCCAGUGCUGAUGGGUCUCAGAUCCUAGCAGCAGAUGCCUUGUACCAGCUUGGCCGGGUGGAGGAGGCCUACCGGCUUCUACUUUCCAUCGGGCCCACCAGUCCUCGGGCUCCCAUCCUGGCUCGUCUCGCACUGCUGCAGCUGCACAGAGGCUUUCUGUAUGACACAAAUCAGCUGCUGAAAAAGCUCAUUCAGUGUGGUGACACGAGCUGCUUGCGCCCCCUGUUGGCAGUGGCACAACAGAAGGAUCGAGCCCUGCUCCAGGCUCACUGCCACUCUGCUGCAAAACGCAUCCUGGAGGGCUCGCGAGAGGAGAGCAGCGUCAGGGAGGCUGUGGCAUACCUCUCCAUCGCUAUCAUGGCCUCUGGUGGUGAGGCAGCAGAGUCUCUGCUGGAGAGAGCGAGGUGUUACGCCCUGCUGGGCCAACAAAAGACAGCCAUCUUUGAUUUCAGUGCCAUUUUGAAGGAGCACCCAAAACACGUCCAGGCUCUCUGCGGGAGAGGCUUUACCUAUCUCAUGCUGAACCAACAAAAGGAAUGCACUCAUGAUAUCCUGGCAGCACUCCAGAUAAACACUGACAUAGUCACCAAAGACAUCCUGUCACUCAAGGAAAAGGCACGGAAGCUUGUCUGCGAUUGGCUGCAUCAGUUCUGUCGGACCAAUCUGUCAGACAUCCUGCUUGCUAAUGCCGUCCCCUGCCAUGAGGAGCAGCUCAGAGAGGCUUUUAUAAUUGGUGGAGCUCUGAUGAGGACUGACUGCAGAGACCCCAGAUGGCAUCUCCUCUAUGUGGACAUACUCUUAGCCAAAGGUGAAGUUAAGGCAGCAAGCGCUCAUCUGUGCCAGGUGUUUGGCCAGGAGCCAAGAGAUGCAGUGGCCCAGGCCAGGGUGGGUGUGGUGGAGGCCUGGCACCAGAACUACCGCAGCGCAGCUUGCAGGCUCAGCAAACUGACUGAGAAAGAUUCAUCCAUUCUGGUCUUUCUGCUGGCCCUGAUCCCAUUCAAUCAGCGAAAACGCAUGGCACAGGCAGCAGCACAGGAGGCCAGCAGUGUGUCAUCAGCUGGCCAGUGGGAUCAGGCCCUUACACUCCUUACUGUGUCAGUACAAGCAGUGGGCAAUCACAAACUCCAUUAUCUUCGCCAACGGGCUGCCUGCCUCGCUCAGCUGGGCCUACAUGAGCGAGCCAUAGCUGACCUGGACAGAGUUAUCCAGAAACACAAUGGCUCUGACUCCAGCUGCUCCGAGGACCCCCAAGUCUGGGCGGAGGACCUGUGUCGGCGGGGCCGCAGCCUGGUGCUGUGUUCCAGAGAAGCAGCAGCUCUGGAGGAUUUUACUCUGGCCUUGGAGCUCCACAGGAACCAGACCAUCCAGUGUGUGGAGGCUGGGCUGGGCAGGCUGCGUCUGGCUGAGUGCUUCCUGCGGGGGGCGCUGCAGCACUAUGGGGAGCAGCAGCUCAGUAAAGCUUGGACAUUAAUUGAAUGUGGCCUUGUUGUGGACAGUGAGAACACAGAGCUGCGAAGACUGAGGGCAAAGGUCAAACGAGAAGUGGCCAGCCCCUGCAAUGUCAACUAGGAUUUAUAAUCAUAAGUGCACAGGAGCUCCAAUUGACCUCACAUAAUGUAGCCAUGUCAUUGCCUGUACUUUAAGAUGUUGUAUUGUGGAGGAACGAUCUAACUGAUGAGAGAUCUUCUUGAUGGUUCUUUGAGGCCACGGUGCUCAUUAUAUUCAAAUUAUGUCUUCCAAUUUCAGUCUAAAUUUGUAGCAAUAACAACAGUGUUUGGAGUAACUUGUGUCCACCAAAGUGUUUUUUCUCAGCUAAGACAGUUUGGUUGCAUCUGGUUGCUAUGAUACGGAAUAUCUGCAGAAUAAAAAUGUCGGCACAAGGUAGAGUGCUUGCUCUGGAUAAGUGAAUGCUGAAGCACGUAGGGAGAGAGCCAAACCCAACGGUCUAUGUGAAACAUAUAUUAAUAUAAAUACAGUAUAUUAAGAUAUGUAUCUUUCAUAGUUGUUGUUGUUCAGCACAUGUAAGAUGUAACGGUUGGUCUUCAUGGUAUUUUUCCUUCCUAUCCUGUGAUUGAAUGGCUGGGUAAAAAGUGACAGUGAUGAGUGCAACGUUUUUCCCAAAGUUGAACAUUUUCCACUCUCAGCAUUCACUCAGUGCCUUGUCAUGCUGCUGGCAUUUGUAACAUAGUGCAAAUGUGCAGUGCUUCCCUGGCAGAGAAUUUUAAAAAGACACUGGCCUCAGGAAAAAACGCUUUGGUGGACACAGCCCCCUUAGUAUUCAGUAUCUUUAUAAUUACAGCAAAGCAGUAUAUUGAAUGUGAGAGGUGUAUGUGAGUGGUAGAGAUUCCCAAACACCACAAAUUUAUUGAAUGUUUUAUUAUCCCUUAUUUAAUGAACCAAUUAACUUUUGGCACUUGAUAAAUACUUAACUAAAACAAUUGAUUUAUUGUGGGAACAGAAAGAAAUUAUGAUAGUCAUGAUUAUUAUAUGGUAGGAAGGAUAUUACGCAACAUGACAUUGAAUAUAGUUUAAUUCAAACCAUCACACCUAGAUAAGAGAUUCAAGAAAGUGCCCAGUGUGCAGGUUUCAUGCUUUUGAAAUGGAGAAGGCACAAUUUUCUUUAAUCAUAUCCAUGACAGCAAGCACAAUUUAGGAAG